UGUCUCUGCUGCCGCCAUCUUUGUUAGGGGCAGCCGCCCAGUUCAGAGAUGCCGAAGUCGUGCGCUGCACGGCAGUGCUGCAAUCGCUACAGCAGCUGCAAGAAGCAGCUCACCUUCCACCGGUUCCCAUUUAGCCGCCCGGAGCUGCUGAAGGAAUGGGUGCUGAAUAUUGGCCGGGCCAACUUCAAGCCCAAGCAGCACACAGUCAUCUGCUCAGAGCAUUUCCGGCCUGAGUGCUUCAGUGCUUUUGGAAAUCGCAAGAACCUGAAGCAUAAUGCUGUGCCCACCGUGUUUGCCUUUCAGGACCCAACACAGCCGGUGAGAGAGAACACAGACCCUGCUGGCGAGAGAGAGGCUGCUUCAGAGAGAGAGGUCUGCCAUGACACAGUGACUGGGGAGUAUAGCUCAACAAGGAACAUGGCUGUCUCACUUGAGGAGCUUCAGCUGGUCCCCGACGGCCCUGUGAGACAGGUCUUACCACAGAGACCAGAAACAAUGGAGGUCCCUGGUCGGCCAACCAACCCUCUGGGGCCGGGAAGAUCCCUUCCUGGACAGCCAUCUGAUCACAGCUAUGCCCUUUUGGACUUGGAUGCCCUAAAAAGAAAACUCUUCCUUACGUUGAAGGAAAAUGAGAAGUUGCGAAAGCGCUUGAAGGCCCAGAGGCUGAUGAUACAGAGGAUGUGCAGCCACCUCCGAGCCCGUAGACAGGGACAGGGGGGGCUGCGGGCCAGGCACCGGCCAGUGCAGCGCAGCUGAGACUGAGCUGGCUCCAGGAUGUUGGUGGCAGUAACACUCCAGUUGGUUGGGUGCUGUGUUGUGGGUAUUUCCAUCUGCUGCCAAUGCUGGCGAAGUGACCUUGCUACUUGAGGCCAUCAGGUAGGCCCAUGUGCUGGGGAGUUGAGUGGCCUCAGGUCAGGAGAGCAGGUUGUGAGGACAAGCUCAGGUCUCCUGGACCCCAGGCUGAGGCUGGCGGCAAUGACCGAAGAGUAGUUCACAUCUUGGCACGAGGAGCUGUCCCCGGUGUCAGAUGCUCCCUGAGGGCACAGUGCAUCUCCGGAGCAAUGACAGUAGCAUGGUGAUGGGGCCCUUCAUCAGCCUGUGGCUCAGGUGGCCAUUUUCCAGGUGACUCCUUCCUCGGCCUGGUUUACACUAAUAUGGAAUAAAGUACAGCAGGCUUUUCUCCCA